AAUAAAUAAAUAAAUAAAAUCCCUGUAUAUUGCAAAAAAAAAUUGCGACUGAAACAAAAAUAUUGAUUAAAAUUUGCCUGAUAUUAAUAGGCCAGUGCGUUUACAAAAUAAACCCGCAUUAUUGCCCAUAGAUUAAACAUUUUCCCGGCUGUCGUGUUAAUCAAAUCAAGUAAAUUUCUAAUAGUUCACAAAGCCUACAAAGUAGUAUGGGCACAGAAACCAAAUUAAAUAGCUACAAGGAGAACACCACAGCAACGACUGGCAGUGUUUUACGUCCGAAAGUAGCGCUCAAUGGUUCGUCGUCAGUCAGUGUUGGUCGCGGUAUUGUUGAUGCUAGCGGUGUUGGUCACAAGUUGCAUAGCUCAAAUGGCGCUUUGAAUGGUGCAUUGAACUGCAAGCAACAGCAAAGCGGCAGCAAUAGUGAAGCGAUCGUGACUCCAGUUUUUGUACCUAUACACAUUGGCGAAGACGUUAUCAGCGGCGCCAAAGAGAUACUCAAAACUAUAAGACCACACUGGAAACUCAGUCAUGUGCAAUUUAAGAAAUUUACCGAUGGCAUCACAAAUAAGCUUGUCGGCUGUUUCUACAAUCCUCCACUACCCACAACAAACAAUAAUGGCAAUGAUAUUGAAAACGGCAGCUCAAAUGGCAACAAUAAUACACCCACUUCCCCGACUGCACCAACAUCGACGCUGGUCGAUGACAACAACGACUCGGGCAAUAUCAGCGAUACGGACACGCUGGAUUCAGAGGUGACCACGUCAAGUGCUGGCGAAACAGCUAGCCCCCCACAGGCAACUAAUAUCAAUACAAAAGAUGAAAACUAUAGCAACGUAGCACUGGUGCGUGUCUAUGGUAAUAAAACGGACCUGCUGAUCGAUCGUAAAGCCGAGACACGCAACAUACAGCUGUUGCACACGUACGGUUUUGCCCCUACACUUUUCGCAACAUUCAAAAAUGGACUGGUUUACGAUUUUGUACCUGGUGUAACAUUGAAGCCGACGAGUGUAUUGGAGCCAAAUGUUUGGCGUUUAGUGGCAACACGCAUGGCGGAGAUGCAUCGCCGUGUGAAGGUCAAAGAAGUGGCGACAGCUGGUGGUGGUGGUGAAGGUGCUGGUGCUGGUAAACCCCUUGUACCAAUGUUGUGGCGUAAAGUGCAGAGCUUCUUUGAUUUGGUACCUGAACGUUUUAGUGAUGCUGAUAAACAAAAAAGAGUUGAGGAAACUUUCUUGCCAAUAAAACGUUUGCGCGAUGAGUUCAACGCGCUAUACAGGCACCUCGAGCGCCUGAACAGCCCAGUGGUAUUCGCUCACAACGAUCUGUUGCUGGGCAAUAUUGUGUACUUGGAAUCGGAGCAGUGCGUCAAUUUCAUUGACUACGAGUAUGCCGAUUACAACUUUCAGGCAUUCGAUAUUGGAAAUCAUUUCUGUGAAUUCGCCGGAGUCGAUGAAGUGGACUUCUCACGCUAUCCGCAGCGUGAUUUUCAGCUUGCCUGGCUGCAUGUUUACCUGCAGGAAUAUCUGCAACGCUCACACAUCACCGAUGACGAAGUGGAACGCCUGUACUUGCAGGUGAACCAUUUCGCGCUGGCCGCACACAUGCUUUGGACCGUUUGGUCGCUAAUACAAGCGGAACAUUCCAAUAUUGAUUUUGAUUACGUCGAUUAUGCUCACGUACGCUAUGAGGAGUAUCAAAAGCGCAAGGUCAUAUUGGCGUUGGACACUAUGCCUGUAGAAGAGGACACAGCUGCUGUGACGAGUUAAGUUCAUCUCUAAAACGCCUCAGCUGGCCGUUCGCUCGCAUCGCACCUUUCAGCCAGAAAGCGUGAAAGUUUAACUCAUCCGCCCGACUGGUUGCCUGUCUGCGAUGUAAGCAUCGUGUGCUCAAAUAUCCGAAUAUGAACGCAAAUAUAAAAUUGAAAAGCUCCUUCUAGCAAUAUGAAGCGAGAGGGCGUUUUGAAUGCACUAGUGUCAAAGUAGUGUCUUUUAAGAUACACUCUUAAAUUAGCAAAAAUCAUUCCGGAAGCAUUAAUAAUUUAGAAAACGAUUUUUUAUGUAAUAUAAAUUAUAAAUCUAAAAUACAAUCCAAA